CUCUGUGGAGACCCUUAACACCACCAGCAUCACCACCAGCUUGGUACUCUGGGGUUGUAGUGAGACAUCAUACACUGAAAUACAUACAACAAGCUUCACAUACAGGGAAGAAAGAGUUAAAGUAUAUAUAUAGUGAAGGACAGCAGUACAUAAUGGGCAAGUUAAAAGUGGCAAUGUUACGUUAUCUAGCUAGUGAGGACUUCCGUGUGCUGACAGCAAUUGAAAUGGGAAUGAAAAACCACGAACUUGUUCCUGGUCCGCUUGUAGCUCAGAUAGCCAAUGUACGAUCAGGUGGAGUUCAUAAAAUACUACAAGAGCUCUGUAAGCAUCGACUAUGUUCAUAUGAACGUGGAAAGCACUAUGAUGGGUACCGGCUGACCAACAUGGGUUAUGACUACCUGGCACUUAAGGUUCUUUCUUCCCGUGAUAUUAUUGGUGCUGUUGGAAGUCAAAUUGGCGUGGGCAAGGAAUCAGACAUUUAUGUGGUGACAGACACUCUAGGAAAUCCAUUAUGUAUGAAACUUCAUAGACUUGGCCGGACAUCUUUUAGGAAGCUAAGAGAGAAGCGAGAUUAUCAUCAGAACAGAAACCGGAUGUCUUGGUUGUAUUUGUCCAGAUUAUCAGCCACAAAGGAAUUUGCUUACAUGAAAGCCCUUCAUGAGAGGGGCUUUCCUGUACCUCGGCCAGUUGACUGCUCUAGACACUGUGUCAUAAUGGAACUUGUUAAUGGUCAUCCUUUGUGCAACAUUCAUGAAGUUAAAGAUGUCCCUGAGCUGUUCAGUGACCUAAUGAACUUGAUUAUCAAGUUAGCUAAUCAUGGAGUUAUACAUAGUGACUUCAAUGAAUUUAACUUGAUGCUUGAUGAUUAUGAUCAGCCAGUGGUCAUUGACUUUCCUCAGAUGGUUUCAACAGCACACAAGAAUGCCAAAAUGUAUUUUGACAGAGAUGUCAGGUGUGUGCAAGAAUUUUUCAAGCGGAGGUUUGGAUAUGAGAGUGAACUCUGUCCAGAUUUUGAGAGAGAUGUUGAGAGGGAGUACAAUCUUGAUAAAGAAGUUGCUGCCAGUGGGUAUCAGAGAGAGAUUCAGGAAUUUAACGAAGAGCUCAAGGUAGGACAGGAUGUACAAGAAGGUGAAGAGAGCGAUAGUAGUACACCUAGUGAAGAUGAUGAUGACGAGGAAGAGGAAACUGAGGAUGCUGAAGAAGAUAUUGCUGAAAUGAAACUCCAGACUGAAGCUUUGUGUAAAGAUCUGAAAGAAGAAACCAGCAUUCAAAAUCUUUGUGAAGAUUUACAAGACCAAGCCUUAGACAUAGUUACUGAAGAUAACAAAGAGGUGGCUGAUAAAGUUCUUGGCAAAAAAAAUGAAGGGGAAAAUUUGAGAGAAAAUAAGACUAAUAAUUGUCGGAAAGAGAAAGGCAAGCAUCUGAAUCACGAAGCAAGAUUGGCUCUCAUAAAACAGCUUGCUAAGGCCCGUGAACUAAGGCAAAAAGCUGAGGAAAAUGGUGAGGAACCACCAUUGUUGGAGGACGUCAUUGAUGAUUCAUUUAGUGAUUUAUGUAGCAUCAGAAGUUUUUCUACAGUUGCAAGCUCUAUAUCUCCCCAAGAUGUUAAGCAUCGUACACAGAAAGAUCUUAUAAGGAGAGAGAAAAAGCAAGUAUCUAAGAAAAACUUGAGGGUAAAAGGAGAAGCCAAUGCAUUUAGGCGAAUCAAAAAACAAAAUGAAGCUGUAAUUAAAGAAUCAUCUGGUUGGGAUGAUUAUUGAGAUUUCAUUAAAAAUAAAAUUCUCAAAUUUGUGAA